AAAAGGAGGAGUCAUUACGUUUGAACUAAGCGCGCCGCUUCUCUGUUUUCAGGAGCUCAAAACUAAACCAAAAACAAGCCAUAUAAACAUAAUUAUGGGGUUUAAUUGAACAAAUCCGUGUGAAUAAGAGCUAUCGGUCGUCUCUGCGUCAUCUGGAUCAACAAUGCCCAUUCGAGCAUAUUGCACCAUCUGCUCAGAUUUCUUUGAUAAUUGCAAAGAUGUCGCAGCAAUUCACUGUGGCCACACUUUUCAUUAUGUGUGUCUUCUCCAGUGGUUUCAGUCGGCCCCAAACAAAACCUGUCCACAAUGCAGGAAACAGGUCAGUACGCGGCACAUUAUCAACAAGCUGUUCUUUGACAUAGCACCAGAGGAUGAUGGGACACCAGUUGAUCCUGAAAGUUUACAGAAUGAGCUUGAUCGCAUGAAAGCAGUGUUGUCUGAAAAAGAGAAAGAAUGGAGGGACAAGCAGAAGUCAGUGGACACUCUAAAAGACACAAUCGAGAGGCAAAAGAGGGACCUGGAAAGACUCCGGAAGGAAAUCGGAGACAAAGAGAUGCUGUGUUCUGUCCUCCGGAAACAGAUGAAUUUCUUGGAGAGUCAGAAAAACGAAGGACAGGCAGCCAAAGAGGAAGCCAAGCGACUCCGGGUCAAAAUGAAAACCUAUGAAAGUUUAGAUGUGGUCCUACAGGGUCAGAGGUCAGAGGUGGAGGCCAUGAUCACUGAUAUGGGUGUUGGUCAGUCUGCUGUUGAACAGCUGUCCAUAUACUGCAUCUCACUUAAAAAGGAGUACGACAAUCUGAAAGGAAGCCUCAAGUCAUCAAAUGAGAUGUGUGAGAAACUAAAAAGGGAGCUCUUCUCUUCCAACAGCAAGUUGCAAAAAGCCACUGCAGAGACAAAUGGAACAAAGGAGGACAUGAAGGCACUUCAGAACGACCUGUCCAACGCAGACAAAGAGAUCACUAGCUUGAAGAAGAAGGUGGAAAUUCUGCAGCGGACGUUAAGCACUCCGACCCGCACCAAUGAGGCCAUCAGCAGACUGGUCUUCGAAAGCCCUGCUCCUCUGGAGCUGAAGCCUACUGGUCAUGGUCUGAUGACUGACUCUCAGGAAAUUGACCUCAACCUGACCUUCGACAUUAACACACCUGAACAGGUGGAGAGGAAACCCAUUCAGGUGCCAUCUAAGAAGAUGCGUCUGGACACUUCGGUAUCGUCAUCCAAAAACAUGGAAAAUGCACUCGGACGUAGUAAGUCUCGUGUUAAAGAAGAUGAUGUCAUGAUGGGGCCCAUGUUAAGGAACUCUCUGCUUUUCAGAAAGAACACAUUAGGGAGCAUGCUGGACCCAUGCAAAUUUGGCACUGUAAGAUCUGGCUAUGAUGGACUUGGAGGAAGAGCCAAAUUUAUCCAACCUUCUCCUUUAUCUGAGAUUCGACCCCUCGCCAUGAAGUCCAAGAGGAAGAAGGUGUCCAGGCCCGUUACAAGCAAGCCCACCUCCAGCCUGACCACUCUGGAUGCUUUCUUGGAAUAAAACGUCUCCCUUUUCAGGCCUGCAAGAGACAUUUUUCCCAUGACGCUGGUCAAAAAUACAAUAAGGGAAGCCCCUAUUUACAGCAA